AUCGGUCGCUGGGUUUUAGCUGGAAUUCCGUCUCCUAAACGUGUUCUGCGUCAAAGAUUAGACCUGAAUCCGGGUCGUAAACCACGUAAGAGUCGUUUUCAGCUCGUGGUUGGGUUUCUGUGUCGGCGUGUGGAUGUCCAGACGGCCAGCUGCGGGUGUCGCCUGUUUACUAAACGUGCUCUAGGCGCUAAAGUUUUUGUAUGAGUUGAAGGCUUUGCGUGUGGAUCGCGGGAGGGAGAGAAGGGAAGGCCCGGUGAAGCCUCGGCUUUGGAGUGGUUAUCAUGGCCGGAAAUUUUGACGCGGAGGACCGCGGCAGCUGGUACUGGGGUCGGUUGAGCAGGCAGGAGGCUGUGUCUCUGUUGCAGGGGCAGAGGCACGGCGUGUUUCUGGUCCGGGACUCCAUCACCAGCCCCGGCGACUACGUGCUGUCGGUGUCGGAAAACUCCAAAGUCUCGCAUUACAUAAUUAACAGCAUCAGCAACAACCGACAGUCCGGUCCAGGUUUGGCCCAUCCCAGGUUUCGUAUCGGCGACCAGGAGUUCGAAGCUCUCCCCGCUCUGCUAGAGUUCUAUAAGAUCCACUACUUGGACACAACCACCUUAAUAGAACCCAUCAACAAGUCCAAACACACCUCCUUUAUCAGCGUAGGCCCCGGGGGAGGCCCUCUGCCGCGCCUGGAGGACGAGUUCGUCCGAGCGCUCUUCGAUUUCCCCGGCAACGACGAAGAGGAUCUCCCGUUUAGGAAGGGCGAUAUUCUCCGGGUUCUGGAGAAGCCAGAGGAGCAGUGGUGGAACGCUCAGAACUCUGAAGGCCGGGCGGGGAUGAUCCCAGUGCCGUACGUGGAGAAGUACCGACCGGCGUCUCCAAAUUCGGCGGCGGGGGCCUGCGUACCUGGGGGGCCACCAGGUGGGACUGGAUUGUUAGGGAACUCUGACGGCUCUGCGGCCCAGUCCAGCGCUCCGCUGCUGGGAGACCCCAGUCAGUACGCCCAGCCCACCCCCCUCCCAAACCUCCAGAACGGACCUGUCUAUGCCAGGGCCAUACAGAAGAGGGUGCCCAACGCCUACGACAAGACUGCCCUGGCUUUAGAGGUGGGCGAUACGGUGAUGGUGACCAAAAUAAACGUGAACGGCCAGUGGGAGGGCGAAUGUAAAGGCAAACGUGGCCACUUUCCCUUCACACACGUCAAACUGCUGGACCAGCACAACGCCGAGGACGAACUCAGCUGAGAGCGGUCAGCCAGCCGCAAACUGGACACUAGUAUUAGACCCUUCCUCAUCCUCUUCCCUCCCUCCCUUCCUUACUUCCUUCCUUCCUUCCCGUUCCACGUUGUCACCCACCCCCUUUGCUCCCUCUCCCCUUCACGUCUGCUCCAGCUCUUACCUGCACCAAGUACAGUUUCAGAGAAUCACUGAGAACAAAUAAACCGCCCCCUCGCCGGACUUUGUAAUGCACACACCCUCCAUCUGUACCCCUCCUAUAACCUUAACUGCUUCCUCCUACUCCUCCUCUUCCACCUGCUCUGACCGGCCCCCCCCCCUCCCCUAAAAGAAAAAAACGGAUCCUACACUCUACUGUGGAAGAUGAACCGGGUCCCCCCUUGUUCCGCGGAUUAGGCAACACCCUUCAGAUAUUCCCCCUCUUCGUCACCCCCCAUCCCCCUUCGCUGCGGACACGUUAUCGCUCUUCAGGAGACUUCUCGCCUCAGAGUUCGACCAUUUCCUCUUCCUGUGUUGGAGCCAGUAGACAACAAGUGUCAUUUUUCAUCCUCGUCUCCCAUCGGUCACCACAGUUACAGCGCUGUAGGAUCACUCUAUGCUGCAUUCACGCGACAAGUGGAAACGUAACACUGAUAUUUUUGAGUGUUGGCCUUUUUUUUUUUCUUCUUCUUUUUUUAAUUACAGACUUUGUCUUAAACCUGAUCCGCUCGAGUCGUCUCACACUUACAGUGCAUGCAUGCGGUGGAUUUAAAACACAGAAUAUUAGCUGGAACACACUAUAGCAGCAAAUUACUUUUUGAUUUUUGUCAAAAUUGUCAUCUCCUCAGUGGUGGAGAUCAAAGAAUUAGGGGUCCUGAGUAAUGAAUCCCUGACGGUUAUUGAAGGUAUCUGUAGGCGUUUAUAACACUGACACACACAACACUGAACAAUACCUUCUGAUAAUGUUCACCACUUGAAAGGCGAAAGGUAUUUUUAGGUUUGAAAGUAGUUUGCAUCUACCGUUUUUGUCAUUGGACUUGAAUGCAGCAUUAUUUUUGGGGGUGACCCACACGCCAGCACACUAAAUAAACACUCUAAUGAACUACAGCUGGGAGGAUUAAACCAAGGUUUUAUCACAUCUGAAAAGAGAGGAACAGCCAAGUCACCCGGAGGUGUACAGCCCUUCUACAGAGCAGACCCAAGGACCAGUCCAGCCCAGCCCAGCCCCUCCCAACCCGACUCCCUCCCUCCCCCCCUCUCGCCCUACACCAAAUAUCCAACGGAGAAAACACAACUCGGAGUCGAGAUCAGCAGCUAUAGGAGCGACAUCACGUAUAGUCGUAGCCGUAGACCAGGACCCAGCAGUCAAACCUGAGAAACUCAUGUCGAGGUGGAGAUGAAGGCAACACUACAUCUACACAAGCUCUUCACACCUCCAACCUUGGCCCCUCCCCUCCUCAUCCACCCAUCACCAAUGACCAAGUACCACCAAGUAGUCUUUUUGUAAGGAAAAAAAAAGAACAUAUUGUUAUGAAAUGAUGUAUUAUGUGAUUAUCAUUACAUGCUAAAAUAUUGUUUUUUUUGUUCUGUUUUUUAAUCUUUGUAAUUGUCCUCAUAGCUGAUUAUUUCUUUUUGUCCAGGGGGAGAAAGAAAGAAAGAGUUUCUGUGUAUACUUUCUAAGCGAUGGGUUCAACGGCGCAAAAAAAACGGAUAAACUUGACUUUUUUUGUGUGUGGGGGGCACAUCUGUUUGGCUCCCCGGCCCCUCAUGAGGCCACACGCGUUCUCAUUCUAAGUUUUUGGACAUGAAUGAAGUCGAACAGAGUGAAUGUAGGAUGUCCAACAUGUUAGUAGCGUCUUCUCAUGUUUUAGUGCUCGCCAGUUCAGCCCAUGGAGUGGACCUUAGCAUAACGGGACCGCUCUGUGUCGUCAAAUGUGUCCAAGAAAGAAAAAGAAAGUGGUAUGAUUUGGUACCUUCCCUUUUUUUUCUUUUUUUUUUUUAUCCUUUUUGCCACCUUGCAUUGUUUUUGUUCUUUUAAUCCUCAGGUUUAAUCAGCCUGUUCUUCCUUCGUGCUUUCUCACUUAAAUCUUGUGCCACUGUUUUAUUUACAGCCUUGUCCAUUUAUGAUGCACCAACCAACACGGACUGUUUCUUUUACUGUCUUAUCUCUACCCUCUGCCAUUUUUCUGUAUUGCCAAGAGAUCAUACGAAUAGAUCAGCAAAUUGUGACAUAGUCCAGAUUGAUCCCCCUCCCGCCCCCCCUCUCCUUCCUGAGGUCGUUUUCUGUAGAGAAUGAAUCAAUCCUCUCGUUGACACCUGACAAUCAUCACCCUCAUUUAUCAUAAUGCAGAAGAAGACCGUGUGUAGUUCAGAGCGGUGCCACAAACCUGGACCACUGUGAAUUUGAUCUGUGAGAACUCACCGUCUCUUCCAAGUGGAGGGUUCAUCUCAGAUGUCACGGUUCAGCAUUUCUGGACAGUGUGCCUCGUCACCUGUAGGUGGCACCUUCUGGAAAGCUGUUCUGUUAGUGCUGAUGAGAUUUAAAGGAGAUGAAAUUAGAUUUUGAACAAUGCACUUAACUGCUUUUACACUGUCGGCAUUGAUAAGUGCUCUCUCUCUCAUUUUUGUUUUUGUUUUAAAUUGAUCCCUGAUUGUUCUCCAUGACCUCACAGCUUUGACUGACGAGCUCUGCCCUGCUUUCACAUUUUGUUCUUUGGCCAUAUUCCAAACCCGUGUGGGAAAAAAAAAAGAUUCACUAUUUAACAUGAUUCGGCUGACUUCUUGGACAAAUCUGGUCUAGGAAAGUAACAUUUGUGUUUACUGCCAGCUUUUGACACAGUCCUUUUUUCUUUUUCUUUUUUUUUUUUUUUUGAAAUCUGUGUAGUUAUAAUCAAAUCAAACUGCUUUGUCACAUGCACUGCACUGCAGGUGCUUAGCUACAUAAAUCAUUAUCUUAUAAAUUGUGUUGUUAAUGAAACCACCAAGAAGUAUUUUUUUAGUAGCCCUGCAUGAAGUCAUUCCAAGAAGGGGUGGCAAAGUGCCCGUGGGAAUUGUGUUAAUAUCAAAACGUGCCAUUUUAUUAUAACACUAUAUUCUUUCAAAGACAAUGGAAAUUACCCUUUUAUUUUCAGUAGCAUGUAAUGUGUUAAUAUACUAGUAAAUAAAGUCAACCCCAUG